CUUCCCACGGUUGGAAAUUUCCCCAUCCAUUUGCAACGCAGGUCGACAUGGAAGAGUACAUUGCCUACUACACAUCCCAGGGACACGAGGACGACGACACAGAGCAUGACAGUGGGUCUUUGCUCAUUGUCUCCACCGCCCCCGUCACUCCCGCACGCAUACCCUCUCCCAAGCCUCAUUCGCCACCAAGUCACCACAACAACCACCAGGGUCUCCCAAGAUCAAAGAGUUUUGUACUAGAGUCACCUCUUCGAAAAAGGCCGCAGGAUCAAGGUCUCUUAUUGCAGGGCCCGUCCGCAGCAACAUCCACAAUAGGGACUGCUGCACAAGCUACGUCGCCCUCCUCUUCCCCUUCUUCGUCUUUGGGCGCCAUUCCCCUUCCCGCUCCUGCUCCUCUUCCAGCUAGCUCACACUCACACCACAAUCUCCACUCGGUCCUCAACUUGGACCCGCCGCACGACUCGCGAGAGGACGAGCUGCAAGACCCUGCCGACGCCCGCGUGUAUGGCGUCGCCCACAUGUUUUUGAGCUCAAACACGGCUCAGCAGCAGCAGCAACAGCGGCAAGAAUUAGACUCGGCACUGCCCCCUUCCUUGUCCUUGCCCUCAAAAAAUGCGCAGAUUUCAAAACGCUCCUCGUGGGUCACAAAGUCCCCAAGAGCGGCAUACCCGCCCACUCUUCAACAGUUUGAUGUCUAUCAACACAUUGCUCCAGCCGUCGAGACGGGUGUGUCCAGUCCCAUGGACAAGGAUGUCCAAUCUUUCCUUGAGACCGAUGCGUGCCUCAGCCCGAUGGACCAGGAAAGUCUGUGGAUGCACGAAACGGAUACGCGCAGUGCUGCAUAUAGCCCCAUGGACCUGGACGAAAAUAAUGACUUGACAUGCACGCACGAAAGCGACACGUGCACCCCCAUGAUUGUAAACGACGGUGAUACAUGGAUCCACGCAUCCCGCCAAUCCGUUGUUUCGCGCUUCCCUCCAGAACUUUUGCUCCAAAUAUUCAGCCAUUUUGAUCCCCCUUCCCGCGACUCGGCUGCCUUUCUCUCCCCCGUCUCCACGACAGCGGCUCUGCGCGCCUGCGCCCUUGUUUGCCACUGGUGGAAUAGAGUUGCCACCCGCGUCCUCUGGCGACGACCGCGCGUUUAUGACGCCUCGCGAUUCGAGAAACUGGUUUUGUGCGUGGAAACUUCUCAACCCGACACAUGUCCCAAACCCACCUACCCCUACGCCGAACUCGUCCAACACCUUUCCCUGUCCCAAACCCUCUCAGAACCUCAUCGCCACGCAACGCGUCUCUCAUCCCUCCUCACCCGCCUCUUGACUCUCCCCGAUCUCCACCUUACGACGCUCGAUCUUGCCUUUUGCAAGGGCGUCUCCAAUUUUGCUCUCCAGCGCUGCGCGCACGCUCUCCGUUCCCUCGUUUCGCUCAACCUCGCCGGAGGCGGCCGGAGCGAAAUCUGCAUUAUCAAAGUCGCUCGCGAAUGCACAAACUUGAAACGUCUUGGAUUGGGUUGGAACGAAGCUGUCGGCGAUUUUUGUGUCCGUGAGGUGGGCCGAUGGUGUCCGCGUCUCGAGUGGAUUGAUUUAAGUGGGUGUUGGCGCGUGGGAGAUGUAGGUGUGGUUGGUCUUGUUCGUGGGUUAUCUGGGUCCCUUGAUACACGCGUUAUGGAAACCCCCUCCGUUCCUUCCAAUGCCCCUCCCUCAGCGUUCAUUAGUCUCCCACCCCCGCCGGCGGGGCCAGCUGCAGGACCAGCAGCCGGGACACCGAUGCCCACGCUUCUUCUACACACUCCGCACCGCCCAACCCUAAAACACAUUUCCCUCUCGUACUGCACAAACAUUACAGACGCCGCCAUCCACGAACUUGUCGACCGCCUGGGUUCCUCCCUCCAAGUCGUCAAUGUGAUUGGAUGCGGUGACAUUGGCGGCGCCGUACGCCGUCUCAUCCGUUCCGCCCAACAACGCACACCCGAAGGCGGUGUGUAUGUUGAUGUGGAUGCCAUUCGGCGGUGUAGCGGAAGUGUCUUUGAAGCUACAAACAGAAGAAUUGUCAUGAAUGUACCAGGUUUUGUCCCAUUUUAUGACUGCAGCUAGACUUUUCUUGGGUGUUUAAGAUGUGUUUUUUUUUGUAAACGUCUGUAUGUGUAUGCGUGUGUAUUUUAUCAGGGAUGGGGAGAAUCUACUUGUAGCUCUUUUGUACUUAGGCUUUUCUACAACCCGUCAAAAACACCUUUGAUGACACGUUCUUGUUCUGCCUUGUACCGCUUUCCAAUACCUGUUGCUGGGACGGCUGAGGGUGGACGGCCAUGAUAUUUCAACUAGAACCCCAUUUGUGUGAGCAUAAAGCGUGAGUCAAAAAACACGAUUCACAAAAAGGAAAUACAUACCGAAUGCCCUUUUGGCAACAC